CGUACCGGCCUAGGAAUGUUUUCAAGUAGAGUGAAGGCCGGAAGGAUGUUGCUUGACACCCAAAUAUUCUGUGUUUCUUUCUUACUGAGUAUAGUACGGAGUAUAUUAUUCUUUUCAACAGCAAAAAGCAUGGAAUUUGAUGUCCAAGUUUCAAUAACAACGCCUAAUCCGCCUUCUCAUCUUCAUAAGGUUAUUAGCGCCUUCAUCCCUCUUUUGUCCCCCCCUGCAGACCCGGGCUUCAUUUCGCGUCGGUUAAAAUAUAAAAGCAGGCCAGGUAUACAUGAAUAAGCCAAAGUUGGCAAGGGACAUAUUGAUUAUAAGGAGCAGAAAAACAUCAAAUCCGAAGAAAGCUCCACAAGAAGAAGCUAACGGAAGUCCAAAACACAGAAAGGUGAGACUAUCGUUGUGUUGCAAGAAAGGCAUGCGAAAGAGCGGAAGUAGAGAAACAGUUGUGCAGCAUGGCCCUGAGGAUAAAGAAAAAGUCGACUCAUUCCGUAAGUUUGUAUUCUGUGAUAAUUCCCUGAUGGUAGGGAAGGAACCCGGAGAUCAUACCCUCUUAAGGUUUCUUAGAAUGAGGAACUAUGAUAUGGUAAAAGCAAAAGAAAUGUUUCUGAAUUACCUCCAUUGGUGGGAUGAGUUUGGUGUUGAUGAAGUUUGCAAAGAUUUUAAGUUUGAUGAAUAUAAGGAGGUGAAAAGGUAUUACCCUCACGGCUUUCAUGGAGUAGAUAAAUAUGGUCGGCCAAUAUACAUUGAAAGGAUUGGAAUGGUAGAUAUCCAUCAGCUCUUUCAAGCGACAACAAUUGACAGAUUUGUGAAGUAUCACGUAAGCGAACAAGAAAAAACUCUGAAUUUGAGAUAUCCUGCUUGUUCCCUUGCUGCCAACAAGUUUAUAGCUUCCACUACAAGCAUCUUAGAUGUGAAGGAUGUGGGGAUGUCUCACUUUUCUAAACAGGCAAAAGAGAUGUUUAAGAAAAUCCAAAAGAUAGACAGCAGUUAUUAUCCGGAGACACUCCAUCGGCUUUUUAUAAUUAACGCAGGACCUGGGUUUAAACUCCUUUGGGCGGCAAUAAAGCGUUUUAUUGAAAACCGCACUUUGGUGAAGAUCAAAGUGCUGGGAAAGGACUACCUUAGUGACCUACUCGAAGAUAUUGACCCAAGCAAUCUUCCGAAAUUCUUUGGUGGUAACUGCACUUGCGGCGGUGGUGGCUGCUACGAUGAUCUCUGCCUCUUAAGUGACAAAGGACCCUGGAAUGAUCCUGAAAUCAUAGACGCCCUCAAGGUCAAGGCGGCGGAGGCGGCAGAGAUGGCGGAGAGUAAAGAUGUGAUGACGAUGCCCGUCCAAACACAAGCCACUGAUCCGCUCUUGGUGCUCAACAAAAUAGAUGCUCUCAUCAAUGAUGCAAAUGCAAAAAUGCAAACAAUGGAAGCUGCACUUCAGGAUGCCAAACUGGUCUUGCACGGACUUGUACAACAUGUUGAUGAUUUGAAGAAAAUGGUUCUAGUUACAAACAUCACGCCAUAACUUUUCAAAUUCUACCUACCUAUCCACCUAAGAGUUCGUUUGGAAUUCAGAUAUUGUCUGUAUAUAGAUAGUUUAUAUGUGUAGACAAAGUAUAUGAAUGGGGUACAUACAGAAGUGUACACUCAACAUUUUCAUAUAUUUUCAUAUUUUAAAUAAUUCCAUACUAAUACGUAUCAUUGGACAAAUUUGUCCACGAUUAAUUAAAGAAUAGUCAAUAUGACUAGCAUUAUACUACUCACAUUUUUAUAAUACGUGGAUGUAUGUAUAAAACUUAUAAUAAUCCUAACAAAACAAUUAUAAG